AUGAAUCUUUACCUAAAUGUGCUGCACGAAAUAGAGGCGAUUCUUCAAACGUGCAACGAAGACGUGUAUCAAAAGGUUCGCAAAAUAAUCGAGUACAUUCGAAAGAACUACAGGGAAGACCAGGAGGAGGUGGUCGCGCCGAAGAGAAGCAAUGUUGCAAAGAAGAAGAGAGCCAAUUCGAGGAGGCGAGAUGAAAAAGACACGAGUGUUGCGAAGCAGCCGGAGAAACAACUGGCAACGAAGGUAGGAACGAAACUGACCACGAAACAGACGGCGAAACAGGCAGCAAAAUUGACCGCCAAGCAGGGAGAAAACGCGAACAGUAUAAAGAACUACUUCAAAGUAGUGAAGAGGGAACCUCCCUCUCCAAACCCGCAUAAUGCAGAUACGCUAGCGGAGGAUGUCAAGACGGAGGGAUCGUGCGAAAUGGAAAAGAAAAAAAACAAAAGCACUAUUCCACUGAUUAACACGUUUUUCUUCUACGGAAAUUAUAACAUUAUAAUAAUUAUGUACUACAUUAUAUGUAAAGUAAACCUUCAUAAUGAGGAGGACCUUUUUUCAAGUGAGAACCACCAUGGGGGGGGAAGCCCAAAUGGAGAUGCCAAAGAUUUCAUAAUUCAUAGUAACAAAAGUGUUACACACAUUAUGUGUCCUCAACUGAAGGAUAACGAUGUGAAAGGAUUGAACGAGCUGAUGAAGGAAAUUGGAAGGUACAAGUUAAACCGCCUUCACAUAUUCAUUGUAGAAGCCUUUGACUCAUUGAAUUAUCAAUUUAGGAAAAUGUUUAUGGGCAAAAUGAGCAAAAAUAAUAAUAAUAUCAUUUUCUUCCACAGCACUGUUUAUUUGAAUGAUCUUCAUUUGGACAAUUGUCUAUAUGUGCGAAUUCCCAAGCCAGACAAACUUUUAUUCAUUUCACAUUUUUUACAUUUGUGUGAAGAUAAGUAUAAUAUUGACAUUCAUCACAAUAAGGACAGGAGGGACUACGUGGAAAAUGUUAUAAGCAGUUGCAACUACGACAUUUCGCUCAUACUCACCAUGCUUUACUUUAUUAAGCUUAAUAAUUUCCCGGAGUUAAAAAAAAUUAUUAAACUGAUAGUCAACACAAAUGUAAAAAAGCUAAUUUGUAUUAUACACAAAUGUGUCAUUUCUAAAAAUGCCCUCUUCAUGAUUAGAAAUAUUUUAUAUUCCAUUUUAUAUACUUACAAUUUUGACAUGCACAAUUUUUUGACUGUCUUUUGCAAACAAUUGAUUUCAUUCCACAAAAAUGAUGAUAAUUAUAAGAAGGAAAUUUUUUCCUUGUUUUCAGAAUAUAGCUAUUAUGCUUCCUUACAUGACAAUAAUAUUUGUUCCUUGGAGAGCCUCGCUUCUAAAGUGAUUCUCCUUGAACAAAAGUACAUCACCACGUUGAACCCUAGUUACCUCACUUCCGAGGACAAGGACGAAUUGAGUACUAGCUUUCAGUCCGAGCUCGAGUCACAGCAGCAAGCCCGGGAAUCCACCUACACGGACCACACCACCCCGGGGGAGAUCCUCCUGCCGCCGCAACCCUAA